AUGGCUCCCCUAAAACGUGUUAGACACGAAGACGGGGAUGUUAUUGCAACUGAGAGCGCAAGCUCAGAACUACGUCGUGAUAGUCAACGAAAACGCGCCAAAAUCUCAAAUGGCCAAUCCUCCUCGAGACCUUUACAACGCCCCGCAGAUAGCUCUUCUUCCUCUUCUGAAGAUAGCAGCGAUGAUGGUAACAAUAACGAUGACGCGAACGAGGAUGACGAUGAUGAAGAAAUGGCCCACCCUCAUGGAACUCAGUAUGAAAUGCUUCGCGAUGCUGGAUUCAAACAUUUGGAACACGCCGAUGAUGAUGAUCGCAUUGCUACGCAGCAAUUCCUUGCCAAAAAUCAAAUGAUUGGCGACAACCACGCUGCCGAUAAUUCUAUCAUAGAAGAAAUCCAAUGCAUGAACUUCAUGAACCACGAGAACCUCAAAGUUAUGUUAGGUCCACUCAUCAAUUUCGUUGUUGGGGAAAACGGGGCUGGAAAGAGUGCAGUUUUGACUGGCAUCACACUAUGUUUGGGAGGAAAGCCUAGUGCUACGAAUCGUGGAAGUAGUAUGAAAAGCUUGAUUAAAACGGGAACUGAUCGAGGAAUACUUGUUGUCAAAUUAAAAAAUCAGGGCCCAGACGCCUAUCAGCCGGAUAUAUACGGAAAGUCGAUCACUGUCGAACGGCAUUUCUCAAGGACGGGUGGUAGCAGCUAUAAAGUGAAGAACGCAGCCGGUACCGUUAUUUCUACCAAGAAAGGUGAUAUGGACGAUAUCGUAGAGUAUUUCCAGCUUCAAGUCGAUAACCCAAUGAAUAUUCUCACUCAGGACGAGGCAAAAAGUUUCAUCACAAACUCCACACCAUCGCAGAAGUUCGAAUUUUUCAGGAAAGGUACACAACUGGAACAACUGGACAAUGAUUACAAGCUUGUUUCCGAAAGCUGUGAUCAGAUCGAAGCUAUUCUUGAAGACAGCAUCGAUGACCUUAAGGCGUUGGAAAAGCGAGACGAGGAUGCGAAGGCGAAGAAGAAGAUUUAUGAUCAGCAUCAGGAUAUGAGAGUGGAGAAAAGACUUCUUAGAAAUCAACUGACAUGGUGCCAGGUUGACGAGCAAGAGAGUGAGCUGGAGGAGCGCAAAAGGACAGUCCUGGACACACAGCGAAAAAUUGAGGAAAAGGAAAUGAUUGUGGAGGAGAAAGACCGAGCUUAUCAGGCACUGCAUUCCUCAGUAGAACGAGCUCUUGAAAAGGUGAAAACGCUUGGAGAUGAGCUUGUUCCAAUGAAAGAAGAAGAGCAAGAAGCCAAGUCAAGGGCUGAGGAGGCAGAUUCGGAGAUUAAAAGGCUUCACCAGGAACACAAGGAUAGCCAAGCAGAGCUCAAACAAGCGAACACAAAAGCUCAUAGCAUACAAGUAGAAAUUGAUGCCGAGCAGCAGCGCAUAGAGGAUGCCAAUGGCGGUUCUCUCAACCGAAAAUUCGCAGAAAUUGAAUCAGCCAAGACUGAAACUGUGCAAGCUAGAGCCGAAUUAGAGAGAAGCAACGAAGAGCUACAAAGAUUGACAGAGCAUAGUCAGCUUUCUAGGAGUGCACUUGAAAAAGAGCAAGGUCCUUGGGCUGCGAAGACAAAGGAAGUGGAGAACUGUAGAAACAGACUGAGAGAAAUGCAAAACGAACGCCCAGAUCCGAUGCGUGGCUUUGACCGCAAAGUGCCAGAGCUGCUCCGAAGGAUACAGCAAGAUCGAGGAUUUACUCAUAAGCCUGUCGGUCCUAUUGGUCUCCAUGUGAAACUUUGCGAUCCCAAGUGGUCUGAUAUUCUCGAGGUGACUUUUGGCAAUGCUUUGAAUGGUUUUGUAGUUACCAACAAAGCGGAUCAGGUCAGAUUACAGAAGCUGGUAUCUGAAAUGGGCAUACCCCGGACUCAAAUCUACAUUACGAAUCCCCAGCCCAUUGACACCUCAAACAACGAACCCGAUCAACGCUUCAUGACCAUCUUGAGGAUGUUGGAUAUCGACAAUGAGAUGGUGAGAAACACACUGAUCAUAAACCAAGCGAUUGAGCAAGUGUUAUUGGUCGAUGAUCUAAAGGAAGCAGCACGGAUCAUGGAACCUAGGUCUAAACCAGCGCAUGUUAGACAUUGCUACGCUCCCAAUCCACAAAGAAGAGGCUGGGGUAUCCGAUUGUACUUGAAUGGCCCAAAUUAUCAAAACAGUGCACAGGAGUUCGUCAGACCCUACGGGUUUCCACACCGCAUGAAUACUGAUGGUGAACGCCGUAUCGUCUUACAACAGGAAACUUUGAAGCAAUUUCAGGAGGAAGAGUCGAGGCUUGCAAACAAUUGCCGCAAAUUACAACAUCGUGCUCAAGAGGCAGAGAGGGCAAUCCGACAGCACAAGGUUGUCCAAGGUAAAUUGAAGAUUCGUGUACAGAAGGCCGAAGAACGUGUCGAGUCACUGGAAAAUGAACUUAGCAACCUUAACAUAGAGGAUGGAUUUUUGGACUCGCUCAAGAGACAGUUAGAGGAAGCCAAAGGUCACGUAGCACAUUACGAAAACGCUUAUGGCGCUACUGCCCUUGCGAGGGCGGAGUACAACACAAAGGCUCUUGAACAAAAGAACGCCUACAAAGCCGCUAAAAAACGUGUUGAGAAUCAUGAGAAGCUGAUUGCCGAUGCAAAUCAGAAGGUCAAAGCUAAAGAACAGGCACGUACUCUGGGCCUCGGUGAAAAGAAUACCGCUAUUGCGCAAGUUGAUGUAUACAAGGAUAUGAAGAGAGAAGCAGAGUCUAAGCUCGCGGAGACAGAAACUCGUGUGGAAGAAUACAUUGAAUCGGCAUCGCAAAUAUGUGCUAGGAUUCAAGUACCACCAAACGAAACUAGAGCUAGCCUUGAGGCGAAGUACAAGAGCAUCUCGGAUCAAUUACAGCAGUAUAGUAGGAGACUUGGUGUCACAGAGCAAGAAAUCAUAGAUAACUAUGUACAGGCCAAAGAGAUGUUGAAAAGUUUCAAGUCACGCCGCAAACACAUGGAAGAAACGCUACGACUACUCAAGUAUAGUUUCUCAAUGCGUAUGAAGCAAUUCCGCAAUUUCCAGAGAAGCAUUUCAGCCAGAUCUCGUAUCAACUUCAACUAUUUGCUGAGCGAAAGAGCUUUCAGGGGAAGACUUGUGAUUGAUCACAAGGCUAGAUUAUUGGAUGUCCAUGUCGAACCAGAUGAGACAAGUAAUAACAAGAAAGGCCGACAAACCAAAACUCUUUCUGGAGGAGAAAAGUCAUUCUCGUCCAUCUGCCUCCUUCUAUCCCUUUGGGAGGCCAUGGGUGCCCCUCUUCGUUGUUUGGAUGAAUUCGACGUUUUCAUGGAUGAUGUCAAUCGAGACGUGAGCACCAAGAUGAUCAUCAGCGCUGCUCGACGCGCCGUCGGUAGGCAAUUCAUCCUGAUUACACCCAAAGCUCUGGGGGCUGGCAUAGAGUUUAAUGACGAUGUGAAAAUUCACAAACUUAAAGCCCCGAGAGAUAGAAAUCAAAGAUCUAUUCCAGAGAUGAUAGGUGGAGCUUAA